ACUGUAUUCUUUAUAUAACUAGAGGUCUCCUAAAUCUCCCUCUGUGAAGGUCUUUGGGGUCAGAGCUACAACCUUGAAGACCCACCAAAGAUGGCAAACUCUUCAGUUGUUCCAUCGGCAUACCUUCAAGGCCUAGUUCCAGCCGUGCCUGAAUGGCUAAACAAAGGAGACAAUGCAUGGCAGAUGAUAUCUGCAGCACUAGUUGGCAUGCAAGGCAUGCCUGGGCUAGUGAUUCUCUAUGCAGGCCUAGUGAAGAAGAAAUGGGCUCUAAACUCAGCUUUCAUGGCUCUAUUUGCCUUUGCAGCUGUAAUGCCUUGUUGGGUAUUGUGGGCUUACAAGAUGUCAUUUGGUGAAAAGCUUCUUCCAUUUUGGGGUAAAGCUGGCCUUGCUGUUUCACAAGACUAUUUGAUACUACAAACUGUUUUACCCUCCACGCAGUAUAAACAUAUUACUGCUGCAGCUACACCCUUAUACCCUACAGCUACUAUGGUGUUCUUCCAGUAUGCCUUUGCUGCUGUGACUGUGAUUUUGCUUGCUGGUUCAGUUCUGGGUCGGAUGAGUAUCAGAGCUUGGAUGGCUUUUGUACCACUAUGGAUCACUUUCUCUUACACUGUUGGUGCAUUCAGUGUAUGGGGUGGUGGCUUCCUCUUCCAAUGGGGUGUCAUGGAUUAUUCAGGUGGUUAUGUUGUCCAUUUAGCUUCUGGUGCAGCAGGAUUCACAGCAGCUUAUUGGGUUGGACCAAGAUCGAGGGAGGACCGAGAAGAAUUCCCACCUAACAAUCUAUUACUAGCACUUGCUGGUGCUGGAAUUCUUUGGAUGGGAUGGACUGGUUUCAAUGGUGGAGAUCCUUUUUCUGCCAACGUGGAUUCGUCUAUGGCAGUUCUCAACACUCACAUUUGUGCAGCCACCAGUCUGUUGGUAUGGACAUGUUGGGAUGUGUUAUUCUUCAAGAAACCAUCUGUGAUUGGAGCCAUCCAGGGAAUGAUAACUGGGUUGGUCUGUAUAACUCCUGGUGCAGGUCUUGUUCAAGGCUGGGCUGCCCUGGUAAUGGGAAUAGCUUCUGGGACUAUUCCAUGGUACACAAUGAUGGUUUUGAGCAAGAAGCUGCCAUUUUUGCAAAAGGUUGAUGACACCCUUGGUGUCUUUCAUACUCAUGCUGUUGCAGGAACCUUAGGUGGAGCUCUUACUGGACUCUUUGCUCAUCCAUACCUCUCGAGCCUGUUCCUACCUGUCCCCAAUUCAAAAGGGUCCUUCUAUGGUGGUAGGGGGGGAGUUCAAUUUUGGAAGCAGUUGGUAGCAGCAGCUUUUAUUAUAGGUUGGAAUGUAGUAGCUACAUCCAUCAUACUCAAUGUCAUUAGACUUAUAAUACCCCUUCGAAUGACCGAUGAAGAGAUUGAGAUUGGGGAUGAUGCAGCUCAUGGAGAAGAAGCCUAUGCUCUUCAAGGGCAAGGACGAAGGGAAAAAUUUAUUCAAAAUGGAAAUGGCAAUGCUCAGAUUGAACUUGAAGAACCCUGAUUCUAUUGUUGGACUAAAGGAAAUGUAAAAACAUUCAUUAGCAAUUUUAUAGACCACAUAAGAGAUUGAAAAAUGAAAGGCACAUAUUAAAUGUUGUAGAUAAGCAACUUACGCAUAUGAACUAAAGGUGGGGAAAUUACAAUUGUUGUUCAAGGAAUUUAGUUCCCUUUACAUUCAUGAAUUCUAUAACACAAUGCAAAAGGUGAACUUUGAAUGAA